GUUCUUUAUACCUUUAACUGGGUACAGGGGGGUUUAAAGAGUCACCUUGCACGAUCAAUAGUGCUAUAGACUAUCAAUGUAAACGUUUGUGUUUUGAAAGGCUAAUAAAUAUCAUGAAAAUUUAAAACUGGAUGUGAACAUUUGAAAUGUCCGAAGUUAGAGACAGAUUUACGGUAGUAAAGGCAGAGGAUGACGAUGUAUUUGAAAACAAAGCAACACCUGAUGGAAGCGAUGUAAAGAAAGGGAUACUUCAAGAUAAAGAGCAACGUAUACCUAGAUCUCAGAGCACCGUAACUUUUCAUCUCGAGGAAAAUGAUGACAACGAUGCACCCGGAAAAGAAACGACCCCCUUGACAGAUGGAAUGGUGCUGUAUGAGGAAGAUAUUGUAACAAAAGGAACGAUGUCAACAUUGUUGAAAAGGAGCCCGACAAAGGUGUCGUUCUGCGAACAGGUAGAUGAAGUUGAAGAUACAUCAAAGAAAAAGAAAUUAGGUACACUAUUUGGGGUAUACCUACCAACAAUCCAGAAUAUAUUCGGGGUUCUUAUAUUUAUUCGGGUCACGUGGAUCGUAGGUAUGGCGGGGACUAUUGAAGGGUUUCUGAUCAUUUUUCUUUGCUGUUGCACGACAACAUUGACGUCAAUUUCUAUGAGUGCCAUAGCAACCAAUGGUAUAGUGCCGGCGGGAGGUUCGUACUUUAUGAUAUCGCGAGCUCUUGGUCCAGAGUUUGGCGGGGCUGUAGGAAUACUCUUCUAUCUAGGUUUUACAGUAGCAGGUUCUAUGUAUGUCAUAGGUGCCAUUGAGAUCUUAGUUACAUUCAUAGCGCCGCAGAUUUCUUUAUUUGGUGACGUCACCGAACUUUCCAACGCUCUCAACAACUAUCGUUUGUUUGGCACGAUUUUACUUCUCUUGCUGUUUUUGAUUUGUUUCAUCGGAGUAGAGUUUGUCGCUAAAUUUGGACCAUUCUCCUUGUUUUGCGUCGUGUUCUCUAUUAUCUGUAUCUAUAUAGGGAUAUUUGUAGCCUCUCCAGAAACCAGUGUACAAAUAUGCUUCCUCGGUGACCGGUUGCUCACACUGUCAUCAGUGUCUGUGGACGGUGUUAUGAUGUGUACGAAGAAUGAGACGGGACCAAUCUUCAACAACUACUGUAGUUUAAACGCCCUCAACGAGACAGUAUGUGAUCCUUAUUUCCUCGAGAAUAAUGUCACUCUUAGAGCCGGCAUGCCGGGUCUUGCGAGCGGAAACUUCUUUAAAAACAUUCCCCAUAGAUAUACCGAGAAAGGAAAUUUGAUAGGCUUGUCAGAGCCUGGGAAUAGAGAACGUGGUGAAAUUAUAGCUGAUCUCACUUCAACGUUUACUGUUUUGUUAGCAAUUUACUUCCCUUCUGUGACAGGUAUUAUGACAGGGUCCAACAUGUCUGGUGAUCUAGAAGAUGCUCAGAAGUCUAUACCUGGUGGUACCUUAGCCGCCGUAUUGUCUACAUCUGCUGUCUAUUUGUCAUGCGUGCUGUUCUUCGCUGCGGGGAUAGAAGGAGAUUUAUUGAGAGACAAAUUAGGCGAGAGUAUAGGAGGGGGACUUGUCAUUGCAUAUACAGCCUGGCCGACUAAAUGGAUGGUGUUAAUCGGUUCUUUCCUGUCCACUAUUGGUGCUGGAUUACAGUCUAUUAAUGGUGCUCCAAGAUUAUUAUAUGCCAUAGCAAAUGACAAUAUUAUUCCGUUCUUAAGAGUGUUUGGCAGGACGAGGCGUGGUGAACCUUUUCUGGCACUUGUGUUAACUGUGGCUAUAGCCCAAGCAGGAGUUCUUGUCGGAAACUUAGAUUAUGUGACCCCUAUCAUUACAAUGUUUUUCCUCAUGUGCUACCUGUUUGUCAACCUUGCGUGUGCCUUACAAACAUUGCUCCGAUCCCCUAGCUGGAGACCAAGAUACAGAUUUUAUCACUGGACACUAUCGCUACUAGGAGUUGGAUUGUGUGCAACACUGAUGGUAAUAUCUAGUUGGUAUUAUGCUUUGGUGGCCUUUGCUAUGGCAGGAGGAAUAUACAAAUAUAUUGAAUAUAAAGGUGCGGAGAAGGAAUGGGGAGAUGGGAUUCGAGGAAUGGCUAUGUCUUUAGCUAGAUAUUCUUUGUUGAAAGUUCAGCAGACACCACCACACGCCAAAAAUUGGAGGCCGCAAAUAAUUUUGCUGUGUAAACUGGACGAAAACCUAAAUCCAAAGUACGAAAGAAUGAUCCAUUUUGCAAGUCAGCUUAAAGCAGGUAAAGGACUCACUCUAAUAUCUUGUGUAUUAGAAGGUGUAUUUGAGGAGAGAAAGGAUGAUGUUAGACAGGUGAAACAGAAUUUGCAGCAGACGAUUGAUAGGAUUGGAGUUAAAGGUUUUAAAGAUGUCGUCGUUGCCAAGGACAGAUCCAUCGGAUGCUCGCAUUUGGUGCAGACAGCGGGACUUGGAGGUCUCAAGCCUAACACUGUACUGUUGGGAUGGCCUUACAGCUGGAAACAUGGUACCAAUGAUAAACGAUUCAAACCGUUUAUAGAUACGAUUCAGUGUGUAGUGGCGGCGGACAUGGCUUUACUGGUAUUUAAAGGUGCGAAAGGUUUCCCAACAAGUUCCGAGAAAGUGAAGGGCACAAUUGAUGUCUGGUGGAUUGUCCAAGAUGGAGGUCUUUUGGUGCUAUUACCUUACCUUUUACGACAACACAAGACGUGGAAAAAUUGUAAACUCCGAAUAUUCAGCGUGGCUCAAAUGUCCGAUAAUAACAUUCAGAUGAAAAAAGAUUUGAAAGCAUUCAUGUACAAACUGAGAAUUGAGGCUGAUAUUGACGUUGUUGACAUGCAACACAGUGAUAUAUCACCUGAUACGUAUGAAAGAACGCUACAAAUGGAACAAAGGAUUGAAAUGAUGAAGAAAAUGAAAGAAGCAUCUGGAGCAGACGAUACAGUUGUACCUGAUGUCACACGUAAACAGAGCAAAGAAGAGACUAAAAUAGAUUUAGACAUCCAGACCAAUGGUGAUGUUUUAGAUACGGAGGAAAUAUCUCAAUUUAAUCAAUAUACAUUUACUCCUACAACUCGAGGAAAGGCGCACACGGUUGAAGAGAUUGCGGAGAAUGUGAACAAGAAUAUAUCCGAGAUACUUGUAUACGGGAAAGAGCCUCCUAAAUCUGGCAAUACGGAGCCAGAUGAGAAGAAUGUAAAGAGGAUGCACACGGCUGUAAAGUUGAACGAGCUGAUACAAAUGAACUCGAAAGGGUCUCAACUCGUCAUAGUUAAUCUACCACCGCCACCAAAAGCUUCUGAUGGAGAAAUAAGGAGUCUACAAUACAUGGAGUUCCUAGAGGUACUAACAGAGGGCAUAGAUCGUGUUCUGAUGGUGAGGGGUAGUGGUAGUGAAGUCAUCACGAUUUAUUCAUAAACUUAAUUCUUACCAGUAGAGGAUCAGCAAUUUUAUCACAUGAAAA